ACUACAGUCGUAGAACCUUAUAAUUUUGGGGCGAUUCCUUUCUAGGUGGGCGGUCGGAGGUUAGAAUGUCGACCGCCUACUUUUAACGUUCAUAAGUCUUGGGCAAUGAGAAGAAAAUAGGCCGGCCUCUUACAUGAAUCCAACUGUAUCCAUGCUACGGGUGUCCUAACCUUUCUUCCUACUUAAAUCUCAGAUGGUCGUGAGUCCUUCAAUCGUUUAUUCCGAAAACCACUCCUUCUUCUUAGCUAUUAUUCAAUCAACAUAAUAAAUCCUACAAGACUCAUUAAGACGAUACCCUCCCUGCCCUCUGCCUAUGUUCAAUUUCAGGCACGUACCCUUCUACGUUGUAUAUUGAGCAGUCUCCAAAUAUAUCAAUUAGCACAUUACAAUUGCUUUUCGACCUACAUAUAAUCCCAAAUUUGAUUCGUGAGUUUCCAUUUCAAUUAUGUUUAUACCCUGGUGAUUUUUGAGAACAAAACGAUACAGCAAGAUUAUUUGGUCGGGUCUCUAUUUGCUCGCAAUGUUUCUUCAACCAUCUAUGCACAAGGCCUUGAACUCUAGGUCUGGCGGGGAAUCAGUAUUCUAGCCAUAUGCAGUCAGUAUCAUAUAUCGCUCCAUAUGUCUCCAACGAAGGUUGUUCAGUGCUACUAAGCUACACUUAGAAAAAGCCUGUGGAGUUUCGCCUCUCUUUCUUACACUAUCUAACACGGGUACCAGCCUAGGAAACACUAACAGGUCUAGUGAUUCAACCCGUUCGCUAAAAGUCGUAAUACGAAACGGUUCAAUGGCGUUCUUUGCUACACUAGUCACAUCGUGCUUCCGUGAUCUCAAAGAACCUUCUGGGACCAACGGUGGCUUCAUCCAAAUAGUUACUAUAUACAGUAACUCGGACCCUGCAAUUUUCAGGCGCGUCACAGCUGUGCUCGACACUGGAAACAAUGGACCUAACUUGAUCACUCAAAAUGUCAUGGAUGCGGUCGGUGCUCAAUCGACGGGAGAUGGGGUAUUCAUCGAAACACUUGACGGAGGGACAAGAAUGACUGGCGGUAAAGUCGUCCUGGAAUUUUCAGGUUACAGACCAAGGCAAGGUCGACUUUAUAAAGAGACAUUUCACCACGUUCCUUAUAUCGCAGGUGGCUUUGACAUAGUUUUGAACUACGACUUCUUUACCAAAGCAUUUCCGAAAAUGGUUCCUCCAGUGUUGAUGAUAAGAUCCUGUAACAAGAAAGAAAAAAAAGGUAAAGAUUAGAAUAACGUGUUUUUCUAUGACUCUUUGAAACUAAUCCCUUUUAUAGAACAGAAACAACGAGAGCAGCAAAUUCUUGCUCAAGAGCUUCAGCAAAAACAGAACGCGGAGCAGCAAGAAAGAGCACGACAACAAGAUGUUCGAAUCUUGGAGGAAAGAAGACUUGCUCAAGGAGGAGACAGCGGAGAAUCAAACAGUGGAUAAUCUGCUCGUUCCAGUGACUACGGCUAUAAUUCGAGUAGUCUAGCCAGAGGUUGAUUGGCCGGAGCGAAUUAGGACUGCGUUCUAUUGGUGUCCUAUUAGCGAGAAUGUUUUCGGUAGCGAGCAGGCGAAACCCUCCGAGGCGGUUCAAGUAGGGCGGGCCUUUCGACUAAACUUUGACAGCGACA